AUGCACGUCAACACUCUCAUUGCCAUGACGAUGCCGCUACUCGCCGCGGGCGCGAAUAUCGGACAUCGACACAGCCACAAGCAUGAGAAGGUCAACCCUCGUGCUAUGCAGACCAACGUCGUCAUCGUAACUGAGACGAUCUUCAUGACUGUCACUCUUGAUUCAACCUCAAGCUCUGCGUCUUCCGGUUGCUCUAUCACUACUGUCUCUACUUCGCUGCCUGAGCCGUCCGUUACCGUCGAGGUCCCACAGAAGGGCAUUCCCGACGUCGCAUCCACGUCCGCAACUUCUGUCACUCCUUCCGCCGCUCCUUCUGCUCCAGAUGGAAUGUACGCUACUCUCGACUCGGUCGCGAAUCAGGCCAUCAUCGUCAACUCCUGCGACUACGACGUCUAUGUCUCGUCCAUCGGCGAUGACAAACAAUGCGACAACAGUCCCGGGAGCGACUGCGUGACUGUAUCCGCCAAUAGCACUUAUUCUGAGCCCAUUCGCACCUGUAACGGGUCUGGCAUUUCACUCAAGGUCGCAAAAUCCACGAGCAUGGAUAAUCCGAUGCAAUUCGAAUAUACUGUCUGGGACGACAAGAUCCAGGUGUCUUACGACAUCUCAUACCUCGACUGCAUGACCAAAGACGGGACCAACUUUGACAAUUGCGCCGGCCACGAGAAAGGCAUUCAAGCCGCGGCCAAGGAUGGCCCGUCCUUCGAGUGCGCCGCUAACGAGCCUUGCGCUGCGGAAGCUUACGUUGUGCCUGAGUUUGGGUACCUUCCCGAUGCACCAGUCGGCCGCGCUACUGUCGAUAAAGGCGUCGCGUUCGAGAUCUGCGCCGGAAACAGAUCAUGA